UUACCGCCGCCCCCGAAUUCCCCCCUUUUGCACUUGCGGCAACGAGAGAAGGAGCAGCGAAAUCCUGUGCCCCGGCCGGAUUCGAGAAGUUUCUAGCACCACGGCGUCGGCGGCGAUCGAGCGUAGCCUGCGCAUUGGUCAUUGGUCUUUCCUGCGGUGCGGCGCUCGGGCGAGAUCGAGGUGGGGGGCUCGCGAAUCGGAGACCAAUGUCGCGUCGGUAGGGAUGGCGGCGGCGGCGGAGGCAGCGCCAUGGCGAGGGGCAUAGCGCGGGCGGUGUCGUUCGGGGGCCGCGCGACCGCGGGGUGGUUCUCCUACCGGCGCGUCACCGUGGCCGUCUGCCUAGGGAACCUCGUCGCCGCGCUGCUCGUGCUCCGCUCCCUCACCGCCCCCGCCUCCUUCGCCCCGACCGCUCCCAACAACGGUGGAGUGGUGCCGUACACGGAGGAGCAGAUUAAAAGGGUGGAGGAGUCGAUCCGGAUUCGCCGCGAGGCGGAGCCUGUUGAGCUCGUGCAAGCGGUUAAGAAGCUGCAGAAGGUUUUUGCGCGAGAGGAGAAGUGGCGGAAGGAGCUGCCACUGGUGCUGAAGCAGAAGAUCUCGUAUGAUAUUGUACGACGGCUGCAGGAGUUGGGGGGUAAUGGCAGCCUUGCACAGCAAAGAGAAGUUGUUGAAUCAUGGCGUGCUGAGAAGUUGAAAGACAUCAAAAGUGCAUCUACUCAAAAUCAGACAAAUUUGGACCUAUCCAGUGACGAAACUAGAAUGUUAAAACGAGCCCUGGAGUUCAACUGGCGUAUGCUUAUGGAGGAUAUUGGCCUUUGGAUACCAGAGGAAGUCACGCAUACUGUACAUGAUGACAAACCUGAAAAUGAACCAGAAGAAGAAGAGAUAAUAGCAGGUCCACCUUUGUCCCCACAAUGUAACGCUGAGCUACAUACUGAUUACGAUGGUGCUGCUGUUAGAUGGGGCUUAACACACCACAAAGAAUCUGCUGCUGAUUGUUGUCAAGCUUGUCUUGAUCAAGCUAAGAAUGCAAAGCCAGGGGAACUGAAGUGCAAUAUAUGGGUUUAUUGCCCAUCGGAAUUUGGAUGCUACUCGCCAGACAAAUAUGAACAUAAACAUCAGGAGUGCUGGUUGAAACAGGCUGACCACCCCAAACUGAACUUCAAGGACAAGUAUUCAGAGUCUUACAGAGACGCUCAUCCCACUGCUCCUGUUGUUGUGCCAUGGAUGUCUGGUGUCAUCGGUGCAUGAGCUAACAGCCUCCCAGCAGCCCCAUUGAGGCCCCGUUUGGUUCCCACCCCUAAAAUUUUAUUUUAGUCCUGUCACAUCGAAUGUUUAAAUACUAAUUAGGAGUAUUAAAUAUAGACUAUUUAUAAAACUCAUUGCACAGAUGGAGGUUAAUUCGCGAGAUGAAUCUAUCUGUGUAAUUAGUUUUAUAAUUAACUCAUAUUUUGUCCUCCUAAUUAGCCUUCGAAGAUUCGAUGUGACACGGAUUAAGGGAGCUAAACACCCCCUGAGAUUCCUGAUGCAAAUGCAACUUCAACACAGCCAUACAGCUUUUCUUUUCUUUUUCUUCUUUUUUGCCAAUAUACUGCUUUGUUUUCUUCUUUCUGACCCGGUAUAUACGAUGUAAAACGUAGCUUAGUCGACUUGGGAGUUGGGAGCAAAAGUUUUUGAGGGAUGAUGUUGAAGUACAAUUGGAGUUGGUGGUGGUUAACUCAAUUUAAUGAUUCAUCUA